CGCGGAGGGGCGCCCCCCGUCGGGCCCUGCAGUGGCGCAUGCGCCGUGCGACCCGCCGUGUGUUGCGUUCCUUCCGGCCGCCAUCUCGCUCCGUUCCGCGUGCUGCGGCCGGUCCCGCCGCCCUCGGCUUCCUCCUCCGACCCGCUGCUCUCCGGGAAGAUGAAAGAAACAAUCAUGAACCAGGAGAAGCUCGCCAGGCUGCAGGCCCAAGUGCGCAUCGGUGGCAAGGGUACCGCCCGCAGAAAGAAGAAGGUUGUCCACAGGACAGCUACAGCAGAUGACAAGAAACUUCAGUUUUCUUUGAAGAAACUGGGAGUCAACAAUAUUUCUGGAAUUGAAGAGGUGAACAUGUUUACCAACCAAGGAACAGUCAUUCACUUCAAUAACCCUAAAGUUCAGGCAUCUCUGGCUGCUAACACUUUCACUAUCACCGGCCAUGCUGAGACAAAGCAGCUGACAGAAAUGCUUCCUAGCAUCCUAAAUCAGCUCGGAGCUGACAGUCUGACCAGCCUGAGGAGAUUGGCAGAAGCCCUACCCAAGCAAUCUGUGGAUGGAAAAGCCCCACUUGCUACUGGUGAAGAUGACGAUGAAGAAGUUCCAGAUCUUGUUGAAAACUUCGAUGAAGCAUCAAAGAAUGAGGCAAACUGAAGUAAAUGUCACUUUCCAAAUAAAGUUAAAACUUGAAAAAGCUACAUGGAGCUGCUAUUUUGUAUUUUGACUGCUUUGAUCUUAAUUUUUAUUUCCUGAUGAGAUCUCAAGAUCUGUGAUAUUUGGAUAGUCCUUGAACCUGCAGCUCUUUAGUUACUGCUUGUACACAAUAUAAUUUUUGUGGCCUGAUUGAACAAACCUACGCUUUAAAAUAAGUCAAAUUGCUAACAAACCUCUGCCUAGAUACAAUUUUUUAGUAACUUGUAUACUAGCAAAACCCCGUCUUUAAUGAACUUUGACAUACAAUAAAAAUAUAAAACAAA